AAGGGGGUUCGAAUUCUUCAAGAAAGUCUACGUGACCCCUUGGUGCCGCGCGGGCCCCUGGCUCGUGGGCGUGUGGCUCGGCUACGUGUUCCAUAAGCAAGGGCAGAGGGAGGUUGUGCUCAGGAAGUGGCAGGUCGUGGCCGGCUGGACGACGUCGACGGUCGUGGCGCUCCUGCUAGUGCUGGGGAUGUGGAGCUACAACGUGGUGCCCCUGAAGGCGCACUACGACGUCGUGACGCAGCUGACGUACGCGGGGCUCAGCCGGCCCGCCUGGGGCGCCGUGCUGGCCUGGGUCGUCUACGCCUGCCACUUCGGCUACGGAGGUCCUGUCGACGGCUUCCUAUCCCAUCCCUCGUGGCAGCCCAUCAGCAGGGUCACCUACUCCACGUACCUGGUGGCGAUGCAGAUCCAGUACCUCAUGACCUAUGCGUCCAAGGCGCCCUUCUACUUCACGCCCCUCAAUGUGCUGAUGCAGACGGCGGCGGCGCUGGUGAUCUCGGGCAUGGUGGGCGUGGUGCUGUCCCUGACGGCGGAGGCGCCCGUCAUCGGCCUCGAGAAGCUCCUUCUGCGGCGUCCAGGGCGCGGCGGCGGCGGCGGCGGCGGCGGCGGGGACGGCGGCGGGCGCGGCCCCGAGGCCCCCGGGCACGACAACAAGGCCUUCGAGGGGGACAUGGAGGAGCUCCCCCGAGGGGCAGCUCCCGAGGGCGGCCCCGGCACCCACGACGGCGACGUCGCAGGACAGGAGACCGUCACCAAGUUCUGAAUCUUUCUGUGGGUCUCUGGGAAAGAUUUCUACUCAGAUGAAAUGAAAAAGUGAAAUGUCUCUAUUGUGGACAUUCUACUUAUUUGAUUAGGAAGACAAAGGAUGAUUUUAUGAAAAGAAAAGAGAGAAAGAGA